AAAUCCACUUUUGAACACAAUUCCAAAAACAAUGCAUUUACAUUUCCCAUUCCUCUUGUCGCUCCUAAGCAUCCUCACACUAACGACCUCCCAAACCAUAAAACACAUUUCCCAAUCCGAACUCACCAAACUCGCCACCCAAGCCGACCAAAACAUUACAUUUAUCCCCCACACGGUGUUCAAGCAGACGAUAUCCGAUGGGACCUGGUUGGUGUUUUUUGGGGCGAGGUGGUGCAAGUAUUGUAAACAGUUGUCGCCGACUUGGUUGACGAUUCAGGAGCGGGUGCUCGAUGCGGUGCAGGGGAUCAAGAUGGGAAAAGUGGAUUGCACGGAUCAAGAAGAGUUUUGUGAAGAGGAGGGUGUGGAUGGGUAUCCAACACUUCAUCUAUACAAUAACGGUAAACUGAUUGAAGAAUACGAUCAAGGUCACGAUCUAAAGAGUUUGUACACGUAUGUUGUGACAAAGGCGAGUUAUUAUCAGAAAUUGCGACGAGAGGAUUUGUGAUAUGUGUGAUUGCGUGGUGAUGAUGGCGAUGAUGGUGAUGAGUUUGUGAGAACGGCGUGGGAUGAGAGGAUGGGAGCGGGUACGAGUAGAAUGGGAAUGCGGGGAAUGAUGGUAGAUGUGAGGUCCAUGAUGGGACAUUAGAAAGGACAAGGACGUGUCGAAUAAUGUGUGCCAUCGUUGCCUAGAGGCAUUUGUCGAGAUAGGGCAUAUAGAAUGUGUAUGGGAUAAACAAGCCUGUCCAGAGAAUACAAGAUGAUGGAUAGUGCGGACGCCGGUGGGUAUUGGCACUAGCACCCGCACCAGGGAUGAACCGCGCGACAACCGGCUCGGAAAACCUAAUCUAACCAA